AUUCCGAUCAAUCGAACGCGUAAUCCCGCCUGCUUCACUCGAUCUAUCAGCCUGCGUUUUUGUUUAUACUUGGGUUCAUUGAGGAAAUUGCGAUUACCGGGAAAUCCAAACCCGGCUUGGUACUUCGGCACGUCUCCAUGAUCUUCCGCGUUGACAAAUGUGCCAAAAAUAUCCACGAUCUCCUCGAUUCAUCAACAUCUCGUGCCGUAAUCCAUGCUUUUGCUCGAAUCCGGUCUCAUUCGUGUCUUUCUUCUCCGCUGGAGUCUUCUUCCCUCACUCGGCACGAACAUCAACAAUGCCAAGACUCGAAAAGAUUGUCUGAGCUUGACAUUCUCGUAGCUAAGGUUCCUUUUGGAACCAGCGACGAUGAAGUUCUUCGGUCUCUCUCGCAUGAUCAAGCGUGUAAUAGCAUAGGGUUGUCUAGUAACCUUGUUGAGAAGCUGCUUCAUAGGUUUAAGGAUGAUUGGAAGUCUGCAUUGGGCGUGUUCAGAUGGGCAGAGUCGCGGUCUGGUUAUAAGCACACACCGGAAGCGUAUGAGAUGUUGGUGGACAUAUUGGGUAAAAUGAAGCAGAUGGAUAAGAUGAAGAGUAUCCUAGAAGAAAUGAAUCGGUUUCAUGUCAUUAGGACUGACACCGUCGCGAAGGUCAUGAGGAGGUUUUGUGGUGCCGGGCAAUGGGAAGAGGCUGUGAGGACAUUUGAUCGGUUGGGAACUUUCGGGUUGGAGAAGAACACCGAAUCGAUGAACUUGUUGCUGGACACGCUUUGUAAAGAGAGAAAGGUUGAGCUGGCUCGCGAGGUUUUCUUGGAGCUCAAGUCGCAUAUUUCGCCGAAUGCUCUAACGUUUAACAUUUUCAUUCACGGUUGGUGCAAAGUGAAUCGAGUGGAUGAGGCGCAUUGGACGAUCCAAGAAAUGAAGGGACAUGGGUGUCCCCCUUGUGUAAUCAGCUAUUCGACAAUCAUGCAGUUCUAUUGCCGACAAGGCAAAUUUGAUAAAGUCUAUGAGCUGCUUGAUGAAAUGCAAGCUCAGGCUUGCCCACCAAAUGUUGUUACUUUCACCACAAUCAUGUGUUCGCUGGCAAAGUCGGAGGAGUUUGAGCAAGCAUUACGUAUUUAUGACAGAAUGAAGAUGGCUGGAUGUAAACCGGAUGCGCUAUUCUACAAUGCAUUGAUCCAUACUCUCGGGAGAGCUGGUCAUGUACAGGAGGCUGUUUGUGUUUUUGAGGUGGAGAUGCCCAAAACUGGCGUCAACCCAAAUACAUCAACUUAUAAUACAGUGAUUGCUAUGUUUUGCCAUCACGGUCAGGAACAAAAGGCCUUGAAUGUCCUCGAGGGCAUGGAGAAAUCAGGCCUCUGUAAGCCUGAUGCUCAGACAUACUACCCGUUGCUCAAGGCGUGCUUUAAAUCUGGGAAAACAGGCAGUUGCCUGAGUAAAUUAUUGGAUGACAUGAUCAAUAAGCAUUACCUUAGUCUUGAUAUAUCAGCCUAUAAACUUCUAAUUCAUGGGCUUUGCCGAGCAAAUCAAUGUGAGCGAGCUUACGAAUUCUUGGAGAAGAUGAUAGCUCAAGGGAUUACACCGAGAUAUCAGACAUGCCGUUUGCUAUUGGAUGAAGUCAAACAGAAGAAUUUGUAUGAUGUCUCUGAAAGAAUUGAGGAUUUGAUGAAAAAAUUAUAAAGUUUCGAGUAAAGAGCAUGUCGUGGUGAGAAGCUGCUUGAGGAUGAAAGGGUUGAAAUGCUGCUUUAUCUUAA